AGCCGCUCCAUCCAACAACUGGCAUCCUGCAUGGGAACCGAAUGGCGCACAGCUCCGCUGCCUGAGUCUACUAUAAGGUCGCUGCCGUCGUAAAUACCCGCACAUGUCGGAUCGUGCACGUCGCGCCGUCGCCAGAGGAGGCUCGUCCGGCGCCUCACCCGUCGCGACGCCAGGUCCCUCCAGUGCAGCGCGUCUUCUUCCACCUGGCUCGGGAGCUUCGAUACCGGGUAUGAGCGUGGGCAUGGCGAUGGGCAUGCCAUUCCCAAGGGUUCUUCCUGGGACUCAUCAUCCGUAUGUGAUGCAGCCGCAGCUACACAAUGGAUAUCCAGCCCAGUAUACACCCCAGCAAUUUCUGCCCAUGAACGCGAAUAACGCCAAUGGCUUCGCGGCUGUCCAGCACCAGCAACAGCAGCAGCAGCAGACAGUACGGCCAUGGCCCCUUUCCAACACUUCGGCGCCCGUACCACCGUUCCAUAUGAUAGGAAAAGGACAAGCGCUCCACACUACCUUUCCGAGUCGCAUGAAGGUGGGUGUGACGACAUUGAUGCAGCCGACACCCGAAGGUCCCGACCUCUACGUACCGCCUGCCCUGCCGGGUCGUCGAGGCGCGGAAGUAUCCACACGCGCCGGGGUCCAGCCGCGGCGAGCGGCGGCGGCGAGGACGUACUACCAUGAAGACUCGGGUGAGGACGAUGACGAAGAGGAAGACGAGAGCGAGGAAGACGCCAGGAAAGGUGGCCAGGACGCCAAAGCCGGUACGCCGGCCGAGGGUGAAGCGGAGGAGGAGAGCAAGAAGAACUUUCUCGGCUUGCCGCCGCCGGGGAAUAAGAUCAUGAUCCAAGGGGUGCAACGCACACGGCACGAGUACUACAAUGAGUACGACAUGUCCAAGGCGGCGGAUCAUCGAGAGUACCUGAUUCCGAUCAAGAUUGAGCUCGAGACGGAAGGACAUCAUAUCAAAGAUGUGUUCACUUGGAAUCGGAAUGAAAAACUGACAACACCGAGACAAUUCGCCAAGAUUUUCCUGCAAGAUCUCGAUCUGCCCAUUGACCCGUACGCAGAGAUCAUCGCCAGCUCCAUUGAGCAGCAGAUCCAGGACGCGCACGUCGCCGACAUAGAGAUCGGCCCGUCGUCCGGCGGGCCGUGGGCAACAGCCGAUGCAGCCAUGGGCCAGAGCAGGGCGUCGCUGCCGGAAGCUGAGCGGCAGAAGGAUAGCAGGCAAUGGGACUGGGGGCUCAAGGAGAACUUCAAGCCCGCGUUUUGCUCACCAAACAAGCGGCGACGGCUUGAUCACGCACAGCUCAAUGGGCAUCCACACCUCAAUGGAGUUGGUGCACACGGUUUGGAGCCGAUUCUUACGGACGACGGAGAGCGCCUGGAUGUGGGAGAGCCUGAGGAUGAUUUGCGAGUCAUCGUCGACUAUGAAGUACAAAUAUUACGACAUCACCUUCGAGAUCGCCUCGAGUGGGACCUCUGCUCUCCGCUGACGCCGGAGCGAUUCGCAGACCAAAUCGGCAAAGACCUUGGUCUGUCCGGCGAAGCGCGGCCGCUGAUCGCGAAUGCACUGCGCGAGCAGCUGCUCAACCACAAGCGCGUCGUGAUCGACAUGGAUCUGCUCGGGAGCGGCGCGGCGUACGAUGCUGCAUUGAAAGAGAUCGAGGCGGCCAAGGAACAGGAAGCGGAUGCAGCGCGCAGGAAGCUGGCGGGUCUCCCGCCGUUGCUGUCCAUCCCUUCGCAUAUUCGACAGGAGAUGGGCAGCUCGCGUUUUUCUACCGGUACCAGCACGCCUGUCGAUGAGCCGGACACGUCUGGCACACCUGCCGACGGCGAGGAUACCCCGUCAACAUCAGCCAUUUCGGACCUUCCGUCUGACCUCACCCGGCGCACCACCCGGCGCUUCCAAUCACCCGCUUCCGCCGAUGCUGAAGACCAAGAAACCGAACAGCUCAUGACCCCCACUAUGCGCCGGCAGCGCGCCGAGGCCGUCAUCGCCGAUUUGCUCAAUCGCGGCCCGAGGCCGCUGCAGGGCGCGUGGCGCGACUGGAUCGAGUCGAGGGACUUUGGGCCGUUGCUUGAGCUGAUCACCGAGGAGGAGCUGGAGAAAUUGGAGGCGGAGGCGCUAAGGGCCUCGAGGUGAGUCUUCUCCUCAGCACCUGGUCUUUCUUCUUUCUGUUAACCUGGG